CGUUGACUUCCUCCCCUCCCCAUCACUUACCUCCUCCUCCUCCUCCGAUCUUUCUCUUCCACCUCCUCCUCCCGAUCUCCCUCUUCCUCCCGUCCCUAUAACUGACCUCAUUCCCUCCCCAUCGCUGACUUCCUCCCCUCCCCAUCACUGACCUCCUCCUCCUAUGAUCCGAUCUUUCUCUUCCACCUCCUCCCAAUCUCCCUCUUCCUCCCCUCCCCAUAGCUAACCUCAUUCCCUCCCCAUCGCUGACUUUCUCCCCUCCCCAUCACCGACCUACUCCUCCUCCUCCGAUCUUUCUCUUCCACCUCCUCCUCUCGAUCUCCCUCUUCCCCCCCUCCCCAUAGCUGACCUCAUUCCCUCCCCAUCGCUGACUUCCUCCCCUCCCCAUUAUCGACCUCCUCCUCCUCCUCCUCCGAUGAUCCGAUCUUUCUCUUCCACCUCCUCCUCCCGAUCUCCCUCUUCCUCCCCUUCCCAUCGCUGACUUCCUCCUCCUUCCCAUCGUUGAUUUCUUGACUUCCUCCCCUUCCCCCGCCACGUCAACUUUUUUUUUUUUUUUUUUUCCUUUCUUCUGCUUGGUAAGGACGAGGACGAGGACGAGGAGGAUCACAACGAUGGGUAGGACGAGGAGGAAGAGGGCGAGGAGGAGGACGACUCGGAGGAAAAAGAUCGCGACGGGAGGAGGAGGAGGAGGAGGAGGAGGAGGAGGACGAGGAGGAGGAGGUGGAGAAGGGGGAGAAUAUCGGCUAUGGGAGGAGAAGGAGGAGGAGGAGGCAGAAGACGACGAUGGGGAGGAGGAGGAGGAGGAGAAGGAGGAGAACGAUCGGCUAUGGGAUGAGAAGGAGGAGGAGGAAGAGGGCGAGGAGGAGGAGGAGGAAAAAUAUCGCGACGGGAGGAGGAGGAGGAGGAGGAAAAAGAUCGCGAUGGGAGGAGGAGGAGGAGGAGGAGGAGAAGGGGGAGAAAGAUCGGCUAUGGGAGGAGGAGAAGAGAAGCUGAAGGAGACCACUCGAGGUGGUCGUCGCCUGAAAUGCAAGUUGUGCGGCCGUGAGUUCAAUGGGGGACAACCGUGUGCAGUUGAGCACUUCAUUUGGAAGAGGCCGACUUCACGUUGCCCUCAUGGGACACUGGUUAUCUGGAGGAGGCUGCAUGUUGUCGGGGUGGUAUUGCCUGCAGACUUGCUGGAAUUGGUGCGGGCAGCGGAGGAGGAGGAUAACAACACCGGUGAUGGUGGUUCGGAGGGAGGAGAUGUCGGGGCAGACGUUGGGGACGAAGGAGGGAGACAAGUGGGAAGGGGUGGAGAGCCGGGUCCGCAGUCUUGCAGUGGGGUGGAGGAUGAUGGGGGGAGGGCUGUCGAUGUGCGAGGUGCAUGUCGGGGGGAAGCAGGCCCUUCUCGUGCUAAUGCACUGCAAGCACGAGUGUGUAAUCGCGGGCAGAUGAAGCAGAGUUCCAUCACGAGGUUGAGCGAGGAGGAGCAGGCCAUCAUCGAUGAUAGGGAGGUCACUGACUGCACGUUCAUCACUGACGACACCACUGACAUCUGUGGGCGGUCAUUGGUGAAUUACAUCCUCGCAGGGCGUUCGAAGCCACUAUUCGUCAAGUGUGAGGACGUCAGUGAUCAGGACAAGGACGUCGGUGCAGUUGUUCGUGGAUGGAAUAACUUCUUCACGGAGAUUGGGGUUGAGAAGAUCACGACCAUUUGCACUGACUCCUUCUCAGGGAACAAAAGUGCGGCCACGAUGUUGAGGGCGGAUCCAGAGUUCCAGCAGAUAUACUGGAUCCCUUGUACUGCACAUUGCAUGGACUUGUUCAUGCAGGAUGUGGGCGACAAGCCGUGGGCUAAGGCCGUCAUCAAGAAGGCGAAUAUGGUCGUGAAGUUCUUCAGGAACCACAGGUGGCCACGAUCAAUGUUGAGGACGGAGCUGAUGUCACAAAAAAGUGUGAAGGUCAGAGUUCUUCUUCGUCCUGCCCUUACGAGGGUGUACGACGCUGUCGUGGACCUGAAGAAUUGUGUUCUUCAUGCACCACUCACAGACGAUGAGCGGGACAACAUCUUGGCAAUGCGUGAUAUGGGAAAGAGGACGGACAUGCUUCUCAGCCCUGUUCAUGCUGUGGCUCGCUUGUUGGACCCUCGAUUGCGGGACAUCAGCGUCUUCAACAAUUUGGACUUCAUGGCGCAAUUCGAUAGCGUGGUGGACCGUCUCGUUGCAAAGAAUGGGAGUCAGAAGUUCACGGACUGCAAAGACCAGCUAUACGACUUCCAAUUCGGCAGAGGGAUCUUUGGUGACGCAGCAGCGUUGAGGAGGGCAGACAAGGACAAUGAAGUGUUGUGGUGGGAGGCACACAGAGGUGGUCAUCCGGAGUUGAAGAUGCUGGCCAUGAAAGUGCUUUCAAUAUGGACCACAUCCUCUCCUGCAGAGAGGAACUGGAGCACGUGGUCCCUCGUGCAGACGAAGACGAGGAACCAGUUGAAGCACCAACGUACAGGUGGUGGACGAGGAUCUCGAAGGCGAGGCAAUUGGCAUGCUUAAUGUGGAGGACGAUGAUGCAGUCAGGCAUGGAGCCACUGGAUCUGAGAGGGGCAGCACCAACAUCAUCACUGCGCAUCGUGCAACUCAGAGCA